UCACAGUCAGGUACCACCGUACCACACUGCCAGUACCCCCACCAGUGCAGUGCCACACCACCAGCCGUCAGCGACAAUGGCGACAAACUGGGGAAGAUCAAAGUUAGCAUUCUCAAACUGGAAGUACCGUGACUACUUCUCCUUGAUUGAAAUUAAAGGCAAGAAUGUUUAUGUAACAUGCACGCUAUGCUCAGGAAAAAAGACUUUAUCCACAUCUGCCUCAAGCAACUCCAAUCUUUUGAAGCACCUCACAUCAACACAUGCUAACGUGACACUUGUUGCUGCUGAUAACCCAACCCCGAAUGCAGCUAGCGGAGUAGCCGGACCCACUCUCCUAAAACAAGCAACGCUCGAUUUUUCUGGUCAGCAUCAGGUGACCAAGCCCGAGCUGAAUACAUUGAUUGCAAGGUAUGUUGUUGAAAACAUGCUCCCCCUGUCCACUGUGGUGUCUGAGUCAUUCAGAGCUAUCCUUGCUAAAAUACUACUACGAGGGGGAGAAAGGGGGGUUGCCCCAUGCCGAAACACUUUUGCUAAAUUCUUGGACAGUGAAUACGAAAAAAUGAUUAUUGAGCUCAAAAAAUCAUUUGAGGAAUUACAGUACAUUGCAACUACAGCAGACAUCUGGACUUGCCACAAUAAAAGUUACCUGGGUGUGACAGCACUUUGGAUGAAUCAAAAUAAUCUGGAAAGAGAGAAAGCAGCUCUUGCCUACAGAUGGUUUAAGGGGCAUCAUAGUCAUGAUGCCAUAGCAGUUGAGCUUGACAAUGUACACUCAACAUAUGGGAUAACACACAAAAUAACAGCAACAGUGACUGAUAAUGGCUCAAAUUUUGUUAUAGCAUUUAAGAGGUACCAGCCACUUGAGGAAAGUGAUUCUGAAGAAGACGAAGAUGAGGUGAUCUUUACAGACAUUAAUGAUGCUCUACAUGCAACAGGUGAUGAUAUUGAUGGUGAUGUGAUCACUUUGCCCCCCCACAAGAGAUGUGCAUCACACACACUGAACCUGAUUUCAUGCACAGAUGUUGACAAGUGGCUGCUGUCAAAAUCUGCAACAAAGGCUGUUUAUAGAAGUGCUACUGCCAAAUGUACUGCCCUAUGGAACAAGACUAGUCGUUCAGCUUUGGCUACUGAAACAGUUGAUGAGUUGGUGUCAAAAAAGCUGCUUGUACCUUGUACAACACGAUGGAAUUCCUUCUAUGAUGCCCUGGCUCGUAUCUGUGAAAUAUCCAUGGUAGACCUUAACACCAUUUCCUCCAAACUAGGACUGCCAGCAAUAACGGAAAGGGAACAACAGUUUUUAAAGGAGUACUGUAUUGCGAUGAAGCUCCUUACAGUUGCCUUGGAUAUACUUCAGGGAGAAGAGAAUUGUUUUCAUGGUACACUCCUACCAACAAUUGAGACAUUAAUGUUGAAUGAAGACAGAAGCCCUUCAAAGUGGCCUGCAAAUACUAAGGGACCUUCCUGACGCCAUAGUCACAGCUAUCAAAACCAGAUUUGCUGAUGUCCUGGGAAAUGAAGAGGCUAUACUUGCUGCCGUAACUUUUCCAAAAUUCAAGCUUCGCUGGCUGCGGUCACAGGAGUUAAAGGAUAAGGCUAAGGCAAGUUUGCUGGCAGAGUGCCGAAGAAUUGUCCUUGAAGAACCACAACAAGGUAACAGCACAUCUACACAACAACAUCACACAGAUUCAGCCAAAUAGAACGAUUUAUUUUCCUUUGAGGAGGAUGAGGAGGAAACAACCUCUUUAGCAGAAAACCAGGUGGCAGACUACAUAAGAUCAUCAGCACAAAAUGUUGACUCUCUGUGUGGAUUUUCUCUCAUCAAUAAAAUUUUGCUACGUUACAAUGCUGCUACUCCAUCUAGUGCACCUGUUGAGAGACUGUUCAGCCUGGGCAAGCUUGUCUUCUCUCCAAAGAGGAACAGACUGUCAGACCAAAAAUUUGAAAAGCUUCUCCUCCUACGUUACAACCACUGGUUUACUUGUUAGAUGAUGAGAGGAGUAUUUCAGUAUAGAUUCAUGUAUUGUUUGUUUUCACAGACAACGAACAACAUGUUGAUCUAUAUGGAGUGUUGGAUAGUGUUCUGUUUAUUGUGCACUGCAGUAUUAUACAGAUACAGAUAAUUGCACUAAUU